AGACGCGCACUUAAAGUCUCGUGGAACAACGUUAAGUACGACCUUCACCCACGCCAUUUUCAAGAGGCGCCAAGCACGCUUUACCUUCUCUCUUACGAUAUAUAUCCUUAGUAAGUAGACAGUUUGGCUAUUUAUAAUUCUUCUAUUUAAUUUUCAAUAAUUCUUCAUCAUUACCACAACUAAUUGUUGGUAGAAAUGUGUUUUUGUUAGCUAGUUCGGAGGCAAACCGGUUAGAUCCGGUUGGGGAAAAUUCCUCUCAUGCUUUCGCUGGAAUAUCCGUUAAAAAUUCAAAAAAAAAUCCCUAUUUUGCGUAAAAAGGUACAAAAUUUAAUAGAAAAAUGGUAAUAACCAUUCGAAUAUUGGCACAUGGACUCUUUGAGAUUGUAGGCCAUUUUCACUAGGCCAAUAUUCGGCUUGAUAUGAAAUUAUAAUUAACUACCUACCGAAAAGUGUUUAACGAAUUUUAACGAUUUAAGACGAACGAUUACUACUUAGUGUAUCAAAUAUGGAAAAUACAUAUUAUAAGAAAUCAAUAAGCCCUUUUUUUAAAUAAUUACGCAUUUAUUUAAACCGGCUAUAACCAGAAAAUGGCGGUUUCGUAAGAAAAACGUUAAGCUAACGUUUUCAUGAGUAUAUAUAGUGCAGUUUAUCCGUCUAUUUUUCAUUAAUGGUUUAUACCUUGAAUGGUCUAGCUAACUGUUUUUAAAUAUGCUUAUACCAGGUAUACAAAAUAUGGCCAAGCCAGAAGAAAAUAUGCCGACGUUCAAGUUGGUUCUCUGCGGAGAUGGAGGUGUUGGAAAAACAACUUUUGUCAAGCGCCACAUGACCGGAGAGUUUGAAAAGAAAUAUGUUGCUACAUUGGGAGUUGAAGUACAUCCUCUCGUGUUCCAUACAAAGAGAGGACCUGUUCGCUUCAAUGUCUGGGAUACGGCCGGUCAAGAAAAGUUUGGAGGUUUAAGGGACGGCUAUUAUAUCCAAGGGCAAUGCGCAAUCAUCAUGUUUGACGUAACAGCAAGAUCAACCUACAAGAACGUUCCCAACUGGCAUCGUGAUUUGGUCCGUGUUUGCGACAAUAUCCCAAUUGUGCUCUGCGGAAAUAAAGUUGACGUGAAGGAUAGAAAAGUAAAGGCUAAAACAAUCGUAUUUCAUAGAAAGAAGAACUUGCAGUACUACGAUAUCAGUGCAAAGUCGAACUACAAUUUUGAAAAACCAUUUCUAUGGAUAGUUCGUAAAUUGGUUGGAGAUUCUAAUUUAGAAUUCGUUGAAACACCAGCUCUUGAACCACCAGAAGUUCACAUGGAUCCAAAUCUGGCUGCCAAGUGGGAUCAGGAAUUAGAACAAGCAAAAUCCGUGGCUUUGCCUGAUGACGAUGAUGAUCUGUAG